AUGCUGCACGGUAUUAGAAAUCAGUUCGAGAUCUCGGAUGAUAAAGGAACUGUCAAAUUGCACAUUAGUUAUGUUAUCGAAUUAUUCAAAUGUGAUUGGCUUGCUCUAAAGUCGUGCUUUAAAUAUGAGAAUUUCAAGGGAAUCAUAGAUUGUUAUAGGGCACCGUCAGAAAUAGACUUCAUGUUUGGUAAAAAGCUAAAGUUUCUCGUUUGCAACUUCUGGAUACAGUGUUCUAGUUCAUUUAUAAUUUUUUUAAUUACUGAAGAUGGAGAGAAAUAUUAUUGGAGAAGCAACUUAACGGUGUUCGAAGAAUUAGGCAAAUUAUUUGAUGUCCGUUAUUGGCCUGAUGGAAACGACUGGACCAACAUACGCAUUGUAAAAACCGUAUUUCAUCCCGUUAACUCUCUGGUUUUAACUGAUGAUGGAAAGAUAUAUUACUUAACUCCACUCCAUAUUUGGUGGAAUAAACCUAACCGCAGAGUCCGCAAUUAUAUCAGACAGAUAAAUAUCAAAGGAAAAAUCACAAACGUUGCUUGCGGACAACAUUUUUAUGUGGUUAUUAGUAAUAACAAUGAAGUGUAUGAAUGGGGUUUGUCUAAUAAAUAUGAUUUGCUUAAAAGAUCUGAUGAAUAUGAAGACGAUUUUAUGACAGAUCCAUGUAAAGUGAUCGAAUUAUCAGGCAAAACAGUUGUUAAGGUUGUUUGUGGACACUUCCAUACACUUGUCCUCACUGAUAAAGGAAAGGUCUAUGCCUGGGGUGCUAACUAUUAUAACCAAUUGAGUACAUUCUUUACUGACGAAAUUUUAUCUCCUUUUAUGGUAAAUAUACCUAAUGUAAACAAAAUAUCAGAUAUCGCCGUUAUUGAAUAUACGAGCAUUGUCAAAUCUAGCGAAGAUCAACUUGUCUAUAUACGAGGUCAGCUGUUUGCGGGGAUGCAAAUUAAGGAAUUUGUUAUUUGCGAAUACACAAAUAUGUUUGAUAUAUCCAAUGUGACGACGGCACAAUCACCGAUAUCCAUUACUUCUACACAUACCGAUGAAGAAUGUAUCAUAUUAAACGAUUUAGAAGCGGCGUUCGAUGAUAGU